AUGGUGACAGACGGCUCUGUGAUUACUCCACCGCCCGAGGAAGACAACACCGCUACUCUGAACUAUAAGCCAAAACCGCUCAUGCCGGCCUCUGAAUUUGCAAACGCAUUGAGUAUGAUCAAAGAGCAAGACGAUGAAUAUGAGCAAGACACUGAUCACGUACGAAAACAAUACGAGAAUAUGUCCUGCAACGAAAUUUCCCAACGGUUGGCUGAGAGUUAUAAGCAACUUUCAGAGAUGCUGGGAAGCAAUAUGGUUCUGACUCCGUCGUCCACUUCAUCUGAUAAGACCGACAUUCACACAUUUGACAUUCCGGACGAAGACGAUCUGGAUGAUGAAAACUCUCUUGUUGAACGUUCCGACUUGGACGCGGACACGCGAAAAUCCAAAAUGACCAAAUUGUUCUAUCGUGCUGCUUCCAGCGGCGAUCUGCCAAAAGUGACGCGGCUUUUAUCCGAGGAUCGAUACCGACAAUGGAUCGAUAUUGACGCCAAGGACGAUGACGGUACUACACCUUUGAUUUAUGCUGCCUGCUUUGGUAAAACGGAUAUUGCCCAAGCAUUGCUAUCCGCAGGUGCAAAGACCGAUAUUCAAGAUUCCUUUGGAUGGUCGGCUCUGAUGUGGGCUACCAACAAUAGCCAUGGAGAUCUCGUUAAAGUUUUGCUGGAACAUGGCGCCUCGUCACAAACCAAAUCCGCCAAAGGUCGAACGGUCUUUGAUUUCAUCAAUACCGACAAUCAAAAAAUCGUCGAUAUUCUAGCCACCAAUCCACGUGACAGCAUUUCAUCCACAUCCAGUAUUCUAGGACGCACUGCCGGUAGUCUUUCUUCGUCUUCCUCCAAUGCAGGUGAUUGUGAUUUUUAUUAUCAAUCGACCGUGGAAGCCUUCGACAGUUUUAUGGCCGAGGAAGCCGAUCGGCGUCAGAAACUGUUGGCAACCGCCGCCGCGUUGGUGGACGGUAGCCAUGGUGCAGAUACUCAAGAGGAUGCGGAAGACGAUUUGGAUAAUGACGACGAUUCUCUUGAUGGAGAUACUACCCUUGAUCUCAUGGAAUUCCGAUGGGACAAAUGUAUGCCCGAUCAAAUGUUUGUAUUUGCUGCGGACGAUUUGGAGUACAUUCUCGAUACCAUUAUCACCAAUAUCCAGUUGCCGGUUCGCUCUCAGCAAGAGAUUUGUGUGCCAGCCAAUGUUGUUUUCCUCAGUGCCCGAUUUGCCCACUACUUCUCCAGUGAUGAACUCUUGCACGAAGUCUUGGAUGGCGCCUUGGAACGAAUGAGUCAAGCGAUCAAGGCGAAUACACGCAAUGUUCAUGUGCUGGCAUUCUGGAUCACCAACUUUACGCAAAUCCUUUAUUACCUGAAAAAGGACACUGGCCUGGUGGUGGCCACUGCCGAGUACCAGCUACGGUUGUCGGAAUUGAUUUCGGAAACGUACACCAUGAUUGUCAAUGAUACGGAACGUCGACUCUCCAAAAUUUUGCGUCCGGCAAUGUUGGAGCACGAAGAGAUUCCUGGCAUGGAUAAUGUGGACUUUGCGGACGACUGGCAUCGAUUUUUCCGUCGCAGUAGCCGCCGUUCGGUGAUUGUGCCUCCGGAUGGUGGUAUGGCCGUUCAAAUGAAAGGUGGCAACCAGGCUUCGUCCAAUGCUAUGGUUACCAUUUCGCCGCACUCGAUCACGAGCUUGCUGUCUUCCACUUUAUAUGUCUUACAAUCUUACGAUGUUCACCCGACCGUGAUCAUUCAAGCCCUGGCUCAGUUUUUCCACUUUAUGUCCUGCGAACUGUUCAAUCAUAUCCUGACCAACAAAAAGUUGCUGUGCCGUUCCAAGGCGUUACAGAUUCGCCUCAACUUGUCAAAGAUCGAAGAUUGGAUUACGCAGAACAACCUUCCUGGUAACCUGACUUAUUAUUUGAAUCCCACCAUGCAGCUUUUACAGCUACUUCAGUGCUUGACGCAACUGAAUGAACUUCCCAGCUUUAUCAAUACGGUCAGGAAUUUUGAUAUGCUCAAUGCGCUUCAAAUCAAACGGUGUGUGGUGAAUUAUCGAUACGAAGUGAAUGAACCGCGUCUGCUAGACGAAAUUGAAAAGUACGUGGUGCAACUGGCCGAGGAUACCGUCCGUCUCAAGCAAGCCAGACAGUCGCGUUCCCUCGAUAAAGCCCGCAGAAGUGUAUCCAUGUCCCGUACACAGAGUUUAUGCUUGCAACGCAGUGCCUCGCGUCGCGACAGUAUGUCGAGCUUUGUCGGAUCGUUCAUGUCCAGUGUGGGGUUAACUACAUCCGCUUCGCUGCCUUGCACGCCCGUGGUUGAACAUGCACCUUCUUUACCUAUCAAGGAAGAAUCAGCUGAAACGUCUAUGCCGUCAUCGGACGACGGUGAUGACUCGGAAGACGACGAGGAUGAUGGGAAGGAGAUCGAGGAAACACGUGAUUCGAAAUUCAUGCUCCCUUUCUCCGUGCCUACCACGGCUCAUAUGGUGUCCAUGCUUGGCUGGUCUCCAGAGGAUCCCAAACGUGAUAUCAAAGAACGACAGGUCGUCCCAGUAAUACCCGAAGAGUGGAUGGAUAGAUUGGACAAAGGUCAUCAAAGCUAA